GUAAGUGUGAAAAACCGUCAUAAAUCACUUUUUUCAGGGCUGUAACUUUCAACGGUCACUAAAUGAUCUGUUGUAAAUUGAAGACUACCUGCAAUAUGUGUACUUGAUCCUGCUUCCAAUAGUUUUCCUCUACCUUCCAUUGAAAUUUCUCUAAUCACUUCACAACUCUGAAGUCUAUGCUUCAGAAAGACAGUCAUGACGUUAACUACGUUUGUUCCUGUUUGGGGCAUCAUAUCAAAGUUAGAUAUAUUUAUAAACUCAAAGAGGAUACAAGGACAGCAUUUAAAAUAUGAAAAUAAAUUGGAAUCCUCCCAUUGGAGGAAGAAAAAAAAACUGUGUGAAACAAUAGAUGUUUCGGAAGUAAACCUGCAAACAUGAAAAAAAAUAAAAAUUUGUUCUGUUUCCGUGAAGCAUGUGGUUUAAUAUUUCACUAUAACUGAAGUACAAGUUGUGAAGCUGGGUACUUUGAACCUGGGCUUUAUUUUUUGUUUUUGUUUCUAGUUUAUAAUAUUUGGAAAUUGAAAAAAGAAUAUAUUUGCUACUAGCAAGCUCAUUCCUGAAGAAAGAAGAAACGUCGCCAUUUAUUAGGGCAGCGAAUGCUUCAAAAUUUAUUUAGAAGAGAUUUAAGAACAGAGUCUCUCUCCUGGUCAUUAAAAAUCUCUAACUUUUUUCUCUUCGAGCCUGAAGUCACAUUACCAGUAAUGGUUGUCCUCAACGUAAGACUGAAAUUGAGCCCUGAAUUACAGUGGAAGAGGCCAAAGGCCACCAAAGGAGUCAGCCACCGGGCCGCCCAGACACUGCUAAACCCAGAACAUCUGGAAAAGAUGUUCGGCGCUCUUCUGCUGCAGGAAGAGCGACGUAGAGGACCUUCCUGUGCCUCCUGACAGAACUGACGAGGCACAUGAACAGGCGGACCAGAAGGGAGAAUGGUGGACACAGAUUCGUGUGUCCGAUGGACGCAGGCCUUCCUCCCAAGGGGUAAGGAUGCUUCUGCGACAUGGCCAGUCAGGGCUCAUCCCUCAUAACCGGAUGGGGAAAGGGAGGAAUUCUCACUUGGGGGAACCUGGCCAGCCUAGCAAAAGCAAGAGGAGCCUUUUGGAUUCAUGGAAAGAUCUUGAUGGCUUCCUAUCAGCCAAAUCUUCCAUGAUCUGCUUUGUCUUUCCCUGUUGAAUGCAGUCUUUCCCUCCUGGGGAAGAUAAACGUUCCACAACAUGCAGGGGACUUUUAAUUUAUACUUUCAAUUGUUACUUGCAGGGUUUGAUGGGUGUUCGUGCCACCGCCCGGAGCCCCAGGAAGGAAGAGGUGAUGCCAGUUCUCAUUUCAGUGAGAAAUGAGAAGAUAGCGAAGUGGAGGCCGCGGCUCUCAACCAUCUGGGAGACCUGCACUGAGUCGGAUCCUUCGGAAGAAUACCGACCAAGAGAGGUGCAGGAGGAAAGCAGUGCCUGCCUAUCAAGAGAGGAAAAGGAAGAGCACUGGAGGCCGCGACUCCCCCCCAGAUCAGAGACCUGCAGAGAAUCGGACGAAGAAGACCAGCCGGCGGAGGAGCAGCUCUCUCCUACUGGGGAGAAGACGCAUACUUCGGAGGAUUCGAUGGAAGUCCUGGUGGGCUCCCGGAACAACAGCCUGGAGGAUUUUGACUCCAUUUCUGCCCUCUUGGAUGAGGAGUCUGAGGGAAGCUGGGAGCAGGCUGCAGAGGCUUCGGAGGCCAGCCUUUCGUCCAGUCCGUGGGAUUCUCCCGAAGAAGGGGAAGCCUCGCUGGACAAUGUCAGCAGCCUGGAGGAGGACUCCCUGGACCUCAGUCUCUAAUUAAAAGAGACGCUUCCCCAGAUGCCUCUCCAGAAGGCAGAUCGGAGGAGGAUGAACCAGUCCCAGGCACAUCAGGAGGUGAGUUGGCCAAUGCCUCCGAACAGCCAGCGGAGAGUGAUUUGGCUGAAGCACAGCUGCAGCAGGAGAGCCCUGAAACUUCCGGGCAGCUGCAGAUGGUUAGCUUUGAGCAGGAACUGCUUUCUGCAUUAUCCGAGAACAACUAGGGAAGAGAAAAGGCAGGAGCAGCAAAGGGCGGUUCUUUCACUCACGAGGAGGUAGUCUUGCCUUUCUUGAUGGGCUGCACCAGAAGCUGGCAAUUGAGCACAGCAGACAAAUGGAGGCCAUGCUGGGAACAAUGCAUUCAUGACUAGGGGGUUGGAGUAGAAGACCUCCAAGGUCCCUUCCAACUCUUGGUAUUCUGUUCUGGUAUUCUAUCUGCAUAUAGACGGAUGGCGGAAUCAGCCCCAGCGGCGAAGCCCUGCGAGGAGCCACUUUCCAACGAGGAAGUUCCUGAGUCUUGUUAAUGUUAUUGUUGUAAUUCUUUUUGUUGUACCUGUUGUUGUUGUGCAUCUUCUUGUUUUUGUUCUUGUUGUUUGAGAAUAAAACUAAAAAAUUCUUUAUAUCUGCUAAUUUAGUUUAAACCUAGUUUCAUUACACUUUUGUUAGGAAUAACAAACUUUUCAUUAAAUGCAGAAUUUCAGCAAACUUCUUUGUCUGUUUUCUCGUAUUUUUUCCACCGUUCUAUGGGAUACAGUGAUUAGUAUUCACUUACAAUAUUAAUGGAAACCUGACACUUCCAGAGGUUCCUCAGCUACGCGCAAGUAGUCCUCAACUUACCACAAUU